AUGGACGGUCGCGUGACCGAUCCGAACUCUGACUCGGACCCACAAGCUGUGUUGCGUCAACUCAUCAGGCAAGCUGAAGUCAAUGCACCUGCGGCCACCGUCCCACCGACGCAGACUGCCGAUGAAGAUCACGACUCGGUCUCCAGCGACGGUGGCGACGACAGCGUCUCGAUCAGCUCUCACUCGAGCGCAGAUGACACUGAUUCCGCGGAGCAAGUCGAUGAGCAAGAAGACGCCUCCUCUCCGCCGUCAACGUCAAUGCACGGCAGUACGCAACUGCUCUCCGAUGAACAGCUCUCUGCCACGCUAGCAUCCAUCGCAGCGGACCGACAGGAGCUCACGACACUUUUACAGCACAAGAGAUACCUCUUUAAUGCUCAGAAGCGCAAUGUCAAGCAUCAGCGCUCGCUGCAGAAGGCGCUCGAUUUCCUCACCAAGACACGCGAAGAGCUUAAGUCUACCCUUCGCUCGCUCGAUGUAGCCGACGUGGUCGAUGCAGAGGACUUGUCGCUCGAGGUGAUUCGCAGUCACAAGCUGGCCGAGGAUGCAGCUGCUACUUGUCCGUUCUCAGCGUCCAUGGUGCAGCAGAUUCCGCUGCUGCGACUGCAGUCGAUCGAACGGGCCGAGUACGACAAUGCCCUGGGGGUCCGAAUGUGGCUCGAGUCUGAGGAUCAGCAGCUGCGUACGGCUGUCAAGGGCGCGGCGAUGAAAGCACGCACAAUGCAGCUGAGUAUGGAUCCUGCUUUUCAUGGAGAUGCGCUUGCCGAAGCUGCAAACAUGGACGAGGAGACGGCGCUUCGACUCGCUGAAGAGUUGGAUGCGCAGAUAGAUCAGCCUUCAACGUCCUUUCAAGGCAGACUUGCAAGCACGGGAUUGGACUGGGCAACAAUCGCAGCUCGCAUGCCAACUCGAAGCAUGGAAGAGGUCAAGACACGCUGGUAUGGACUGCUUCGGCCUAGCGUCAACACUAAGCCUUGGAGUGAUCAAGAGGUCGAUGACUUGAUCCGCUUGGCUACGCCGUACCUAUCAACUCAUCUCCCUCGACCGCAGACGGAGCAGGUUCAAGAGCCCACGUCACCUUCGAUACCAGCCUCAUCUGCGUCUUCAUCUCGAGCUUCCGUCCCGUGGCAAAGUAUCGCUCGAGAGCUCGGCACCGGCCGCACCGCACACGCAUGCUUUGUCGCCUUCUGCAGCGCACUUGUACAACGCGAUCAGCCCGAUCUGACGCCAGCCGAAGACGACAACAUCAAGGAGCUCUUUUCACUCUUCCGCGGAGCAUGGCGGUUCAUGACGUUGCACGCUUCUGCCAGUCCGAACGUCUCUCUAUCCGCGCUUCUUCCUGCAUCAUCCGGCAAGGAAGCGUCGUCGAACGACCGACCACCCACGCUGCUAGGCAAAGUCGCCCGCGAUCCACAGGUCGUCUACCGUCGCUUCCGCAACACCCUCGACCCAGCAUUGGCCACCGGCUCCUGGUCCCUUCGAGAAGACACCUCGCUUAUCAACGCAGUCCGCCUAGUGGGGCAAGACAAUUGGGCCGCAGUAGCAGCUCGGAUGGCCGGUCGAAACUCGACGCAAUGCCGCGAGCGCUGGGCUCGGCGCCUGAAACAGGUCGUUGCCGAAGCUGACCCCGCCGACAGCCAAGGAGAGUUGGGUGAGGAGCAGGUUGCGGAGCUGAUGGAUAGGAAGAAGACGCUCGUCUGGACGAAGGAGAUGAAUGAUACACUGUUGUCUUACCUGGACGACGAGCUGAAGGCGAGAGAUGGCAGGACGUUUGUCAGCAUCGCCAAGAAGGUUUCGGAGCAGACGGGGAUGGCACUCUCGGACAAGAGCAUACGUGAUCAUGUGUUCACACUGCGCCGCGCAAGAGCGCGUCUUGCCCAGGCUGGUGGGCCGAGCGGAGACAAAGACAAGGGUAAGAGCAAGGAGUUGCAUGAAGAAGGCACCGGAGACGAUGCGAAGCAGCCAGCGAGCAUCGAAUCGGUGCCCAGCACGACAUCAGCAAGUCCUUCCCAGAUUCUACAAGCACCGACAACCAGCUCAGAAGAGUUGACGGCUUCUUUGUCGACGCCAAAAGCUCGUCCACGAACCGCCAUCGUCCCCGGCGCCAAGCGUCGCAAGCUUUGA